ACAAUCGUAUACAACAUCGUCGUCCUCUUUUUAUUUUUUUCCUGACUUCUUUGUCCCCCAACACUUUACUCACAUCAUCUUACCUUUGCUUUCCCAUAAAUAAACAUCAAUGCCCACCAUCUAACAUGUCUCUCCCUCUCCCUUUUCUCCAUUUACCCUUCCUUUAUUUUUAUACCUUGUUCAGUUAAAUGUUUUUUAAUAAUUAGAACAUAAAGAACUAUUAGCUCUCAUUUAACCCUCUAUUAGUGCUUUAGCAUAACAUAAAUAAUAAGACCACACAUGCUUCUUUUGUCUUCUCAUAACCAACCAUUCCAAAGAGAAACAACAAUGGAGAUACAUGUCUCCAAUUUCCAAAUCAGUUUAUAGUUUGAUCUCAAAAGCAGGCUACCAUCAGUUAGACUUGAACCAUGAGAGAGGAACCAAACAUCUCUUUCACUGCAAGCUCUUAAACAGAUCAUAUUCUGAUGGUAUAUAUUGCUGGAAAUAUUUAGUGAAUUAGCUUUUAUCAUGAGACCGAUUUUCGAUCUUGAAGUAGAGGCCACAGAGGAAUAUGAAUCUGAUGUUGCUUCCAAUACCUCUCCCAACUCUUCCAUUCUCACAAAUCCAACAGAGCUUAAUCCCCAUUCAGAUCCUAUCUCACUAGACUUAUCACUUAAUUUCAACAUCAACAAUGACUUGGUUGCUAGAGAUUCAGCAGGAAUCUCAAUCUCAAGCACCAGUGAGGGUAGCAAUGAACCUAUCAUCCCAAGAGUUUUCUCUUGCAAUUACUGUCGGCGCAAAUUUUAUAGCUCUCAGGCACUCGGUGGACACCAAAAUGCACACAAGAGAGAACGAACAUUAGCGAAACGGGCUAUGCGAAUGGGACUAUUUGCCGAGAGAUAUACAAGUUUAGCAUCUCUCCCUCUAAAUGGUAAUUCUUUCAGGUCAUUAGGUAUAAAGACACACUCUUCAUUACACCAUGGUUUUUCGCCACCAACAAUAAGGCCUGUUCAAGAGAUAAAAAGUAAUGUGAGAUUCAAACAAGGAUGUAUCGGUCAUCCGAUAUUAUUGGAAGAUGAUGAGACAGAACUGUUCUGGCAAGGUAGUUUCCAUCAGGUUACCGAGGGUGGAAGGGUUGGAUCAACACAUCGGACAUUGAGCAACCACACAAGUGAUUUUGACCCCAGAGAAAGUAAUACUCGUCAGAGUUCAAAUCUGUGUUUUACUGAGGUGAAUGUGAAACCAUUGGUUGAUAAUAUAGAUCUUAAUUCAGCACCCGAAUUAACAUUGAAACUUUGAAACUUUGAAAGGGUUAAUGCUAUUUACAAAUCCCAGCUUUGUUAUUUUACUCUAUUUUUCUUGUUGUAUAAGAACUUUGGGAAAACAAAUUUAGAGCAUCUAUGUAUGUCUGCUGUAAUUACUUUACACAGGUUCCACCGUGUAAUUUAUUUGUAUCUUUUUGUUUAUAUUUUGGAUUAUAUUGACAAAUGAA